AGAAACUAAGUUUCUACCUAGACAAGGAAGUUGAAAAGGUUGUCGAGGGUGAUGAAGACAAGUGGGAUGCAUUUCAUUACAGAAGCAGCGACAGAUCAACCACACUCCACCAGUCUGUACUUAUGGAGCAUUUUGACCUCGCCCUUUGUAUUCCUCAAAGGCAUGGGUGCUUAAUCGGUGAACAAGAUGGAGAUGGGAUGACUGCUCUUCAGCUCCUUGCAUUAAAUCCAUCUGCCUUCAAAGUUGGCAAGAAAAACAGAUUUAUCAAGCUUCUUGUUAACUCUACUCCAAAAUUUAUCAGCAUUCCCUUGUUGGAACGUAUCCGGAUGAAAUUCGAUAAAUAUGAAUCAGCUCUGAAACUUGCAUUUGCAGCAACAGUGAUCCUGAUGAUAAGAAACAAGGAAUGUUGGACAAAAAUCGCGUUGUCCAGCAUGUCGUUCAUUUCAGUCACCAUAUUUGCAGUCUCAUACGUCCCUCUAUAUGUUUCUCUAUGGAAGAACUACAGGUAUACAUUUAGGAAACUAUGGACGCUUUGCCUAGGCUAAACAUUUCUUCUGGUGCACGAUCUGAUAAUGCAGGCGUUUCCAGCAGUUUCGCCUUUUCUGUCAGCAAGACUCGAGGCUUUGAUUCUCUGGUCUGAAAGGAGAAAAUGUAUCCUGAAGCUAUGUGAAAUGGUGGUGCUUAACUUUCUUGAUUUUGGCUUAUCAUUGUAACUAUACUAUGCAUUGUGAUGAUAUGUUUGCUAAUUUUCGUAUAAACCCAUAUGUUUCUCA